AUGACUCAUAGACUCGAUUGCACUCCGAAUGAGGUGGACUUUAACGAUCCUUCGUUGAAUGCCAAACUGUUAGAAACUAAGAGAUAUCUUGAACUGAUCCUCGAAUCAUUGACAGAGAGGAAAACUGAGGUUCAAAGCCGGGAUAUAAUAGUAAAGAAGCUGCAAGAUGAAUUGGGAGGGAAGAAGUAUUUGCUUGUCCUAGAUGAUUUGUGGCAUGUCGAUCCUACAUUGUGGCAUGAGUUCGUGGACACCUUGAAAGGAAUAAACAUAUCCAGAGGAAACUGCAUUCUUGUGACUACUCGUAGGGAUCAGGUGGCAUCCGCAGUAGCAGCACAUCUUCAUAUGUUGGGAAAAUUAGCAGAAGAUCACUGUUGGUCCAUUUUCAAACAAAGAGCAUUUGCUGAUGGGGAGGUACCAGAGGAAAUAGUGAGCAUGGGCAACGGGGUUGUUAAAAUGUGUCAAGGUCUACCAUUGGCAGCAAAUGUGUUGGGAGGCCUCUUACGCAAUAAGGGAAAACAUGAAUGGCAGGCAAUUCUUGAUGGCAACGCCUUGUUGCAGGUGAAGGUGAUAUUGGGGAAAAUAGCUUAA